GAGGAAUUUGUCUUACCGUCCUCUUCCCUUUGUACAUUCGCUCGCUGUGUCCGCUGUGGAUCUUCGACGUCAGCCACUUGCCCAAGGACGUUCGCCCCUCUCCGCUUACACGGCAACGACUUGAGGAAAAGUUGGAAAGAUUGUCGAUUCUCUUCCGCUAUACUAUCGCAACGGAUUCUAGCUAGGAUUAGCCUUAUUUUUAGUGAAAUUUUGGCCCCGAAGCCUCGAGUUGCUUAUCAGGAGUCUGUCUCAAAACCUACCACAUCCACGGCCAGCAGUUGACAAGCUCCCACGACAGUAUUCUUACCUGGGUUGGCGAGACAAGUAAUAGUUAGGAACGGUUGAAAGGAGGUUUACCAGCCGUUGCUACGAGCCACAACCUUGUGCUCAGUUUUGGGCGAUAUCGGUCACUAGCAAAAUGAGAACCUUCAGCUUUAUAUUGUUAAUAUGCUCGCUCCUGGUGUUGGUGUCGUCUGUUGCAGCUUCUUAUCCUCCGGAAAGAAGAUAUGCGAAACGGCAGGAUUCAGAAACAAUCACAGAAGCCCCCGAGCCGACCGGGUCAACUGAGCCCACAGGGACCAACACACGCACUCCUGAACGCACGGGAACUAACACAGACUCUCCAUCAGAGACUGGCACCAAGACUGAUGCUGAGACCGGGACCGACGCCAAAUCUACGGGAACAAAGACCACUAAGCCCAAAGUCACCUCUGUCGACCCGCGCCUUCCACCUGGCGGCAUCAAGUUGAUAACCCCAGCACCCCUCGACGGUAGCACUUACAUCAAGAUUGGUGACUACGCUACGUUCGCGUGGAACUAUACAUCCGUUAAGAUCACUCCAUCUGCCGUCGAUGUCGUGGCAUAUUGCAGCAGGAACAAGCACGCCUACACAAUCGCGGCUAAUCAAAGUUUUGCGGAGACCGGUAUGGUGACUUGGAACACCAACAAAACGGAUGUUCCUCUCUUGACUGAAAUCUACACUCUCCUCGUCUACGAUGUCGAGGUUGGCCCAUCGGACCUCCCCGGUCCUGGUCAGCUAGGAGCUCAACCCACGUUCAGGUUUGGGGUGUACAAACCCCAAGAGUAUACUCCUCUAAGCAAAUCUGAAUGUGUAACUUGUCUCAAUAAUGCUGCCGUAUCUGAAACCCAGCAACAGGCUUUCUUUUUUAUGUUCGGAAUGAUCGUCAUUACCAUUUGCUCGUUUAGCUGGUUUGCUAGUGGCUUCGGUUUAUUUGCUUGAAAUCUCCAUCCAUUUCUUUUCGCUAAAAAAUAGGCGUCAAAGUUUUCUUUUCAAUUAUAUUCUUGUUAAUGAUACAUUUUGCUUUUCUAAUGCACACUUUACCAUCUUAUGUUUGAACUGCUUUCGUUCCACCUUUCGUUUGCUUACCAUAUAAUAAUCGCCGUGAUGAAUGUUCUUGGCACUUCCUGUGCAAUUUGAGGGUCCAGUGUGUUCACAUUUACAGCAUAAUCCUUUUUUCCCCCCUUCAUCUCUUGUUUGUACCUGGGCACUCUUGGAAAGCAUAUUUGUUUAGGAAACUUAUUCAUGUUUCUACGGAGUUACUUGGGGAUUCCCUUGACUCAAAGAUCUCAUUUCUUUCCUGCUUUUAAGCGGCUAUGUCACCAAAGGGCAAAA